CUUGGGAUCAGUCUGUGGGCUGACGUUAGCCUUGUCGAUCGCGAUCGCGGUCAGAAAAUUGCUCGGAGCAAAAGCUGCUGAACCUUGUGGUGUGAUUAUAUUUUGUGAUAGCGUUGGGGGCAUCGAAACUGAAAUCGGCGCUUCUUAAGUGCCAGCAGACAUUAGUCGCAGUGUGGACCUUGCCGGGAUCAGACAAACAAUGAGAAUGCCUCGUCCAAGUGGAUUUAAUCUUAUCGCCGUGCUGGCUCUGGGCCUCUGGCUGUGCGUCUGCCCCUCCGCGGUGGAGUGCCGCACGCGCAACAAGAAUAUGGCCGAUAGGCGACUGAUGUCGCUGUACGGCAACACGCCCCACGUGGAGGCGCUGCUGGGCAGGAGUCGACCCACCCCAGACACCUACAAGACGCUGCGCAGCGCCUUCUUCCGCUACGAAGAGUCCCGCUCCCUGGGCUACGACCUGGAGCUCACGGAUCGCGAGCUGCAGGCCAAUGAAACGAUCAUGGCAGCCAAGCUGCACGAGUACACCGAGGGACUGCACACGCCACACCUGUUCAAGCCGUCGCAGCACAUCUUCGAUGUCCUCGAAGGAGUACGCAACACGGAGCUCUUCCAGCUGCUCAAGAAGAUGCCCAAGGGUGCGGUGCUGCAUGCCCAUGACACGGCACUCUGCAGCACAGAUUCCAUCAUCAAGCUGACGUACUACGACAAUCUGUGGGCCUGUCUGCAGAAGGAUGAUCUCGACUUUUCCGUCCUGCGUUUCGCCAAGACACAGCCGGAGGCGCUGGACAACUGCGAUUGGUCGCUGCUCUCCGAUGUGCGAGCGAAGUACGGCGCGGAGAAGGUGGACGAUUAUCUGGCGGAGCAUUUGACGCUUUAUCCCACCAAGAAGUUUGAGGACAACAAUGCCGCUUGGUCCACGUUCAUGGACAUCUUUGGCCUGCUCGAUGGCAUCGUGAUGUAUGCACCCGCCUGGGGGGAUUACUACUACAAUGCGCUGCAGGAAUUCUACGAUGAUGGAGUGCAGUAUCUCGAGUUUAGGUCGUUGGUGCCAACGCUCUACGAUCUGGAGGGCACUGUCUACACCCCCCUGGACACGGUGAGGAUAUACGUGGAGACGCUGGAGAAGUUCAAGAAGGAUAAUCCCGACUUUAUUGGCUCAAGGAUGAUCUAUGCGCCGCUGCGCAACACCAACCCCGAGGGCGUGCUCGGCUACAUUGAGACCCUAAAACAGAUCAAGGAGCAAUAUCCCGACUUCCUGGCCGGCUUCGAUCUCGUGGGCCAGGAGGAGCUGGGCAAACCGCUGGGCGAGUUUAUCGAUCAGCUGCUGGAGGUGCCCGACGACAUUGACUUUUACUUCCAUGCGGGCGAGACGAACUGGUUUGGUUCCACCGUCGAUGAGAACCUCAUCGAUGCCAUACUCCUCGGCACGAAGCGCAUUGGCCAUGGCUUUGGUCUGGUCAAGCAUCCGGUGGUGCUGGACAUGCUGAAGAAGCUCAACGUUGCCAUCGAGGUUAAUCCCAUCUCCAACCAAGUGCUGCAGCUCAUCACCGACUUCCGCAACCAUCCCUGUGCGCAUUUCUUCGCCGAUGGCUAUCCCGUGGUCAUCUCCUCGGAUGAUCCUUCCUUCUGGAAGGCCACGCCCUUGACGCACGACUUCUACAUUGCCUUCCUGGGCAUUGCCUCACAGCAUGCGGAUCUGCGGCUGCUCAAGAAGUUGGCCCUCAACUCGAUUCAGUACAGCUCGCUGCCCACGGAGCAGCAGUUUGAGGCGCUGGAGAAGUGGCAGGCCAAGUGGGAUCAGUUCAUUGCGAAUGUCAACGAGGAGUCAUCGAAUCGCGGAGCCUCCAGUCAGCACCUCGAUUGACUAGCACGGGUGGUGGCAGCGUUCCUGGUUGCAGCUUUCUGCCUGCUAAGCUCUGGCCUGCGACGCUAGUCGGUUCUCCCCACUCACUGCAUCUCCAACCUCAUCUCUCAUCCAUUCAUACAUGUAUCUAUCCCCCACAUAUGCCAGUUUAUGUUGUAAGCUAAUUGUUAUGGAUUAGUCUUUAGUUAGACUUAAGCCUGUAUCUAUCUCUCUCUCUAUCUCUCCAUUAACUACUCUCUCUGUGUGUCCAACAUGCUCGAACCAAAGAGAUUGUGGCCACGCUUUGAGGCCUAACUAUCGCAAUAAAGAACUUUUGCCAGACGGAGCACAGCUAGAGCCCAAAACAUAAGUCCAAGUGGGAA